CAUAGCUCACAGGCGCUGCAGUAACAGUGUUUGUGUGAGAGUAAGACAGAGAGAGAGAUUACUUAAUUGCAGCUUGGUCAUGGAAGAGCGCUGAGCGGGGUUUUGCACAAUGCCUUUCCUUCUUUUUUAAAUAACUUUAUAUAGGCUACCGGCACUUUAAACGUUUCAUGUGACCUACAAGUCUGUUUAUUGCUUUUCGACAUUUUCCUCCAGUUAUUAUACUGCGUCGAACAUAGCCUACGACAGCAGGAAAGAUGUGGACAAUACCCAAACCUCGAUAUAAGAACUGCAACAAAUUGGAUACAAGGGAUGAAGCCGAGAUGGCCGUGAACAUUGGCGGGGUGAGGCUAGUUUUAGACGGCGAUGUGCUUAACCGCUACCCGGAGAGUCGACUUGCAGAACUGAUCAACUGCUCAACUCUGAAUUACGACGUUAUCUACUCACUUUGUGAUGACUAUGACCCGGGUAAAAAAGAGUUUUAUUUCGACCGGGAUCCUGACGCUUUCAGAUGUAUCAUUGACGUGUAUUACUUCGGUGAGAUUCACAUAAAACGAGGUAUAUGUCCAAUUUGUUUCAUUAAAGAGAUGGAGUUCUGGAAAAUUCACCAAAGCUAUUUGGACGAGUGCUGUAAAAGUUACCUGACUGAAAAAGAGGAAGAGCUGGCAGAGAUUGCCAACAAAGUGAAGCUUAUCUUGGAUGAUCUAGAUGGGGACCCUUCUGUCAACUGCUCAGCGCGGUGCCUAAAGUUCAUUUGGAAACUCAUGGAGAAACCGGAGUCCUCUUUGCCUGCGCGCGUCAUCGCCAUUGCAUCUUUCCUCUUCGUCCUUGUGUCCUCCGUGGUGAUGUGCGUGGGGACCAUUCCAGAAGUCCAAGUAGAAGAUGAAGAGGGGGACCUUGUGGAGCACCCGAUGCUGGAGGCCAUCGAGACAGCCUGCAUAGGCUGGUUCACCCUGGAAUACCUGCUGCGUUUUGUGUCCUGCCCAAACAAACGGCAGUUUUUCCUAUCCUUUAUGAACAUAAUAGACUUCAUGGCUAUCAUUCCCUUCUACGUGGUGUUGACCCUUACUUACCUGGGCACGACCAUGAUGGAUCUGGCCAAGGUCCAGCAGGCGGUCCAGGCGCUUCGCAUCAUGCGUAUCGCCCGCAUCUUCAAACUGGCGCGCCACUCCUCUGGGCUACAGACUUUCACCUAUGCGCUGAAGAGGAGUUUCAAAGAGCUGGGGCUGCUCCUUAUGUACAUGGGCAUAGGGAUAUUCGUGUUCUCAGCCCUGGGCUACACCAUAGAGCAAAGCCACCCGGAGACCCUCUUCAGUAGCAUCCCACAGUCUUUCUGGUGGGCUAUUAUCACCAUGACCACCGUGGGCUAUGGAGACAUUUACCCCAAAACCACUCUAGGCAAGUGCAACGCAGCCAUCAGCUUCCUGUGUGGGGUGAUAGCCAUCGCGUUGCCCAUUCACCCCAUUAUCAACAACUUCGUACAUUUUUACAACAAGCAGAAACUGCUCGAGACCGCGGCCAAGCACGAGCUGGAGCUCAUGGAGUUGCAGUCUAGCGAGGAUUCACUGAUGAAGGCAACGCGCAAGUGUGGCGCAGCGGGUGCGUUGGAGAGCUCGAUGCGUACCUCGCGUAGUGAUAAUUGUAUACCACUUCUCGAGGAAUCGACCAGGACUUUGAAGUCGAAAGAUUAUUGCUCGGAAACAGAAUAA